AUGCGGCUGCGGGUGCGCACGCUGGGCGCGGAGGAGUGCGAGGUCUCCGUGGAGCCGGAAGAAACAAUAAAAGAUUUAAAAGAAAAAAUAGAAAAAGCUUUUCCGCGAAUGGCAGCAGCAAAGCAGCGGCUGGUGCAUGCAGGCAAAGUCCUCGAAGACAAACUCCAAAUCAAACAGUACCCCCAAAUCAAAGACAACGAGAGACUCGUCGUCCUCGUCACCAAGCAAGUGGCUUCCUCGAACGGCCCUGCAGCAGCAGCAGCAGCAAAUUCGUCGGGAGCAGCAGCAGCAGCAGCUCCUGCUGCUGCUGCUGGCGCUGCGAAGCCGCCAGCAGCAGCUGCUGCAGCAGCCCCGGCUGCAGCAGCCCCGGCUGCAGCAGAGCCGCAGCAGCAGCAGCAGCAGCAGCAGCAGCAGCAGCAGCAGAGGUCAGAUGUCAUGAGCGAAUCUGCUGCUGCUCUGGCGACAGGGGCAGAAGUUGAAGAAACUUUGAAGAAUCUGGAGGAGUUGGGUUUUUCAGCAGCAGAUUGUCGCGUGGCUCUUCGAGCAGCUUUUAAUAAUCCGGACAGAGCAGUGGAGUAUUUAAUGAAUGGCAUUCCUGAAGACCUUUUGCCGUCCGUAGCAGCAGAAGGAACAGCAGCAGCAGCAGCAGAAGCAGGACAGGCAGCUGCAGCAGGAGAGCCAGCAGCAGCAGCAGCAGCAGCAGCAGCAGAUGACAACCCUCUAGCGGGCCUCCGCACCCAUCCUGUCUUUCAGCAAGUUCGCCAGCUCACGCAGAUGGCGUUGCUGCUGCAGCUGCGUUGGAAUUUGCUGCUGCUGCUGCUGCUUUUGAAGCUGUUGGCGCUGGUUGUUCAGCAGCAGCAGCAGAAACAGCAGCAGCAGCAGCAGCAACAGCAGCAAAGUUGA